AUUACAAUUACAAAUUACAAUUACAAGAAGUAUACAACUCUACAUGUUCAAAAGCUUACGCAAUUUAUUUCUUCUUUGGUUGGCUUCUUUGCUUCUCUCUCGUAUUUCUCCCAAUCAGUCUAUCACAAUUCACGCCAGCUUUCAGCCAUGGCAAUUGGAGCAAUGCUUAGAGCUUCCCAACUUCGUAACGCCCUUUUCUUUCUCCGCCAAACAACCACUCAACGUUUUAUUAGCACACUGGUGUUGGCUGAACAUGAAGGAGGCACUAUCAAGUCAUCAUCUAUUAGUUCUGUAGAGGCUGCAAAAUCUUUAAGCAAGGAUAAUUCCAUCUCGAUGUUAUUGGCUGGUUCUGGUCCUUCUCUUCAACAAGCUGCUUCACAUGCUGCUUCGUGUCAUCCCUUAAUCUCUCAGGUGCUAGUGGUGGAUUCAGAUAAAUUUGUACAUCCGUUGGCUGAAGCUUGGGGUAAUCUGGUUAAGUCUAUUCAGAAGAAAGAAAAUUACACACAUAUUCUUGCUGCUUCUGGCUCAUUUGGGAAAAAUAUACUGCCUCGUGCAGCUGCACUUUUAGAUGUUUCUCCCAUAACUGAUGUAGUUGAGAUUUCUGGGUCUCAUCAAUUUGUGAGGCCUAUUUAUGCUGGAAAUGCUCUUUGUACAGUUAGAUAUAGUGGAGAGUCUCCUUGCAUGUUGACCAUCCGUACCCCUUCAUUUCCAGUUCCAGCAUUAGAAACUAGAUCCACUGCGGCUCCCAUUACUCAGGUUGAUCCCUCGGCCUUUGAUGAAGAUAUUCUUAAGAAAUCUAGAUUUGUUAAUCGUAGCUCACAAGAAACUGAGCGUCCAGACCUUGGAAAUGCGCGUAUUAUCGUGACUGGAGGACGAGGGUUGAAAAGUGCCGAGAACUUCAAGAUGAUAGAGCAACUUGCUGAGAAACUUGGUGCCGCAGUUGGAGCUACACGUGCUGCAGUUGAUGCUGGAUUUGUUCCCAAUGAACUACAGGUUGGGCAAACAGGAAAGAUUGUUGCACCUGAGUUAUAUAUGGCUUUUGGGGUCUCAGGUGCCAUUCAACACUUGGCCGGCAUGCGUGACUCCAAAGUCAUCGUGGCUGUAAAUAAGGAUGCCGAUGCUCCAAUAUUCCAGGUGGCUGACUAUGGGCUUGUUGGUGACUUGUUUGAGAUUAUACCAGAGUUGUUAGAGAAGCUUCCAGAGAAAAAGUAAAAAUUGUACAAAAUUUAAAUAACAAAAACCUUUUUGUAUAUGAUCAAUGUUUUGAGGCCGUUCAUUGGGAGUACUCAAAUUUGGUUCAAAUAAAUAUUGAUGCUUAUUCUCA